AUCUCAUCUCUCAUAUCUCCAAUCUUCUUGCUAUAAACAUAAUCACCCUCUUUUAUUUCAUUGCGUUGUUAAGGGGAUUAGAAACACGUACAAAGCAGCGCACACAAUAUGUAUUCAACGAAAAUUGGAGCAAUGAUAGUCUGUACUAUUCGUCAGCAUACUCUCCUUCAAGCCACCAUACCCGCUCGCUCUGGUAACGGCUUAUUAGGCGGUUGCUUCUCCUUUGUUUCCACCCCUCCUCCUUCCGAGGGUGGAAGUGAAGGGGUGGGAGACAAGGCAAAACAAACAAUGGAUAAUGUAUUGGGUGCGGCUAAGGACUCUAGUCAGAAAGUUAAAGAUCGAGUGACCCGUACAGGAACGGGUACGGGUACAGGAACGGAUACGGGUACAGGUACAGGUACGGGAAUGAAUAACCCUAGCAAAGACCCCGAUAUGAAUCACGGGGUUGAAACAACCGACAGUAGUUGUGAAGAUGUGAGGGGUCGCCCUGGUGGAUACAACUGAAUGAUGGUGUCAACAUGAAAGAUUCAUGUGAUCAACGUAUGUCGUAGGUUUUCAAGUUUUAUUUUUAAUUUAAGAUUUUUUAUUCAUAUUUUUUUUUUCCAAAUAAUAAAGUAUUUUAUAGAUUACUUUUGCCCUUUUUUUAAAUUAGGAUGAUGCUAUUAUAC